AAAAAAAAAGUUAAGCAUCACUUCAGGACGAAAGAGCAAAACAACAAGAACAAGAAAAGGGCAACGAAGGCCCUCGUCCAUCUCCUCCUUCAAUGGCGAUCGCCAACCCCUAACCCUAACCCUAACCCUAACCCUAAUCCUUUCUCUUGCGCUUGAACUACUUCUCAUUCCGUACGUCUCCGACACUGCAAUGCAGCACUCCUCGGUGGUGGAUCGAGGCCGGAGGUCCUCCGCAGCUGCUCACCGGAAGAGCCCUGGCUUCAGCCGCGCUUGGUGUUGCUCUUUCGCCGCCGCCCCUGGCAGCCCCGACCCCAGGUCUGCUCCCUCACCGAAACCUCACUCUAAAUCCCUCUCUACUGGCUCACCUUCUCCCUCCGCCAAGCGUAUCAUCGACCCCCGCCGCAUACUCUCCCCCGGCCGUGUCUCGCCGCUCCCCCAAACCCCAUCGCCUCCGCCACUAGAUCCGGUACCGGAUAACCGAUCCCCUCCCCCUUCUCGUCCCGAGCCACCAUCGCCGGUGGCUAGGGUUUCGACGACAGAGAAGAGGUUGGAUCUGAGGCUGAGCUUGAAGGGGAAGGAUGGGAAAUUGCUGGUGCUGGAGCUGGACUCUAGGGUGCUGUGUGAGAGUAGCUCCUUCUUCGCGGCGAUGGUUCUUGAGGCUCGCCGGAAGGUCUCGGACAUGUCCACUGAUUUCCGGAAGAUCGAGGUCGGUGGGGUUGAGGAUCUGGGCGUUUUCAAAGAGACGAUCGAGUUAAUGUAUGAGAAGGACGCCAUGAGAUGGAUUUUGAAUGCUGGAGUCUCUCGGGCCAUCGAUAUACUUGAGGUAUCGUCCACCAUUAUGUUUGACAGAGGUGUGAUGUCAUGUUUGAAAUAUCUUGAGGCUGUUCCAUGGAGCGAGAGUGAGGAGGAGAAGUUGAAAAUCUUGUUCACUAAGUGUGUAUUUGAUGAAGAGGUGUCCAGAGAUGUUUUAGCAAGAUUAGGUGAACAAGGCCCGGGCAAAUCUGAAGAGCUAGCAGUAAGGCUCAUACAGUCUGUUGUGAGCGGGACGAAUUGUAAUUCUAGAAAGGAACUUCAAUCCUUAGUUAACGGUCUCCUAUCUAAGAGUUCAGUCUAUCAAAAGGAUCCUGCCGGGUUGAACAAGGAGAGCUUAUAUAAUGUCUGCUAUUCUUGUUUGAAUUCUUUGGUCGAACUCUUUGAGGAAGCCUCUGGCUCAGUUCCAUCUGGUCCAAAAUCUAAAGAAACAAAGCCAUUAGUCGAGCGAGUCUCAAAGGAAGUUGAAAACCUGAACUGGCUACUAGAAAUCCUCAUUGAGAAGCAAAUGGCAGAAGAUUUUGUGUGCCUGUGGGCAAAUCAGGUCCAACUGAUGAUGAUGCACGAAAGAGCUUCACCGAUGAUAAGGUAUGAGCUCAGCCGGGUUUCAGCUAGUGUUUUCAUAGCCCUUGGGAAGGGGAAGGUGCAAUGCAAGGGAGAUACAAGAUCGAGCGUCCUCCUAGCAUGGUUCACACCAAUGCUACUGGACUUCGGAUGGUUACAGAGGUGCUCAAAAGGGCUCGACAUGAGGAUGUUGGAGGAAGGACUAGGGCAGGCUCUUCUUACACUUCCCUUAAAACAACAGCAAACUCUUUUUGUCGAAUGGUUUCAAUGUUUUUCAUUGAAGGGCACAGAGUGCCCCAAUCUCAGCAAGGCUUUCCAGGUCUGGUGGCGAAGAUCUUUUGUGAAGUCCUCUGAAUCACGCAGUUAACUAGUUACUUUUCAUCCUGAAGCCAGUUAAUGUAUGGAUUUGAUCUUUAGUCAGGUUUUUUUUGUGAAGUCAAUAAUGUAGUCUCUUUUGUUAUUUCUCAGUUAGUGUUGAUCUGACCACUGUUUCCAUUGUUAAGCAGUGGAAUUUGUAACUAAUGGCAAGGCCACAAGUGUAGUGCUCUUUGUUAAACAUGUUUGGUUCUCUGAUUUGUGCUAAAUUUGUUUUAGAUUUUUGUAA